AUGAACAGAAACCAUAGUAGUAUCACACUUGGUGGAGGAGACCAUAACCACAACAAUUAUAACAACAAUUAUAACAACAAUAAUAACAAUAAUAAUAAUAAUAAUAAUAAUAAUAAUAAUAAUAAUAAUAAUAAUAAUAAUAAUAAUAAUAAUAAUAAUAAUAAUAUUAAAAAGAGUAGUACAGAUGUUGAUUUAUUUUCAUUAACUUCAAAUUUAAAUACAUUAUCAGAUGUAUCAAAAUUAAUGUCAAAUUUUUCAAAGAAAUCAGCAAAUCAUGGUAGUAGCUCAUUUACUAGAACCAAAUCACCUGAAGAUAUUAAAAAAGAGAAUGAAAUUAUAGAUAGUUUAGAUGAAGUUUACUUUAAAGAAGAUUUUGAUCCAGCUUUUAUUUUACAAAAUAUACCAAAAGAUGCACCAAUUGAUACAAUUGAUGCUUUAACUGUAAAAAUAAGUGGUUAUCAUGAAGCUGUUGAUUCAAGAUUUAAUGAUUUAAUUAGAAAAUCUUAUAAUGGUUUUGUACAAGGUAUGUCACAAGUUUAUGAAAUUGAAAAAGAUUUAACACAUUCAGCAAGAAUGUGUACAUCAGGUAAAGAAUAUUUAGAUGGUAUUCAAAAGAAUAUGACAUUAUUUGGAUUUAGAUUAUUAGCAAAACAUAGGAUUAGACAAUUAUCAAAGUUUAUGUAUCAAGAAUCACAUAUAAUUAAAGAGAUAUCAGAUGCAGCUAAAAAGAUUGAUAUGUUAUUGAAUAUGAAUGAAUUUUCACAGGCAUUAGAUCUUUUAAAUCAAUGGAAUCAAGUCAUUACAAAAUAUUCAAAAUAUACUUGUAUCAAAGAUAUCUCUUCAAGUAUUCAAGUCAAUGCUGAUUCUGUACUUGAUAAAAUCGAUUCAUCAUUACAUAGUGUUUGUCAUAAUUUCGAUCCUAAACAAUUUGAUAUCAUUAUGAAUAGUUAUUUCAAGUUAAAGAAAUUUCAAAGAAUUAAAGAUAAAAUUCAUCAAAAUUUCAUUUUAAAUAUUGAAGAUCAUUCUAAAAAAAUUUUAAAAACUCAUUUAAAUUUAACUUAUUCAAAACCUGAAGAAUUACUUCAUAUGAAAUUUGUGGAUAUGUGUCAACACUUAAAAGAAGAUCAAUAUAUACCAUCAUUAAUGGGUAUACUCGAACAUUUAUCAGAUUUAAUGUGGUCACAUUAUAUGAUGAAACAAUGGAUUUUAAAAAAGAUAAAAAGUUUAGAAGAAAUUAAUAAUUUAAGUAAUAAUAACAAAACUAAUACCAAUACCAAUACCAAUACCAAUACCAAUAAUAAAAAUAAUAAAGAAGAUACUAUUGAAACAUCAGAAAAAUUAUUUUGUAUGGAAGUAUUUAAAUUAUUUAAUGCAAAUAAAAGGACAAUUUGGAAUUCAAUUCAAAAUCAAGUUAGACAUAUUUUAAAUUCAUUAAGUCCAAAAUUUAAAAUUGAAUAUUUCAUAAAGGUAUUAGAUUCAAUUAAUCAAUUCAUUGAUGUUGGUAAUGAAUUUUCUGGUGAAGAAGCCAAUCUUUUAAAAGGUAUAAUGAAAGAGAAAUCUUUGGAUUACUUUCAAAACUUUCAUAAGGAAACCAUUGAAAGACUUAAAACAAUGUUAGAGAAUGAAGUCUGGCAUAAAAUACCAUUACCAAAUAAUUUCACUGUUUUAGAUGUUAAAGAAUUUGGUAUUGUUAUGAGUAGUUUUAAUAAUUUACAACAGCAGCAAAAUGGUGGUGGUGGUAGUAGAAAAUCUUCAGCAUCAAAACCACCAAUUCCAACAAUGAAUCUUUCGACAUUCUUAACAAUAGGCGAUCAAAAACAAAUUAGUUUUAAUAUAGAAGAUUAUGAUAUUCCAUUUUUAAAUAAUUUCAAAAAUGAUGGUAAUCCAUUCUCCCUUGUAAAUGGUAGAAGAACUUUAUCAGAAGCUGCUGGAAAUAAUAAUUCUCCAACAAAUUUAAAUACAUCACAAGUUGAUUUACCAACAACAACAAAUAAUAAUAAUAAUAGUAAUGGUGAAAUUGUUACUACAACAACUUCAACAAAUUCCACAAGUGGUGGUCCUUUAAUUUCAUCAACAACUAUUAAUGUAAUUAAACAAAUUGGUUAUUAUUUACAAAUGAUGAAAAUUUUAAAACAAUUAUCAUAUCCAAUUUUUACUGCAAUUUCUCAAUUAUUAGAAUUUUAUGUUUAUUCAGUUUUCACUUUCUUUGGUGAGAAUCAUUCUUUAUUUGAUUCAAGUAAUGUUAAUCCAAUGUUAAAAAAAACAAUGCAAAGAUUAAAACAUAAAUUUUCACCACCUGUUCAAGAGAAAUCAUCAUUAUUAUCAGCAUCAACAUUUCAAUCUAAAAUGUCAUCACCCCAUAUGUCACAAAAUAAAUCACAAUCACCAUCAUCAUCAUUAAAUCAAUCAAAAGAAAAUAUAUUUUUACCAAACCUUUCAAUUUCAUCAAACAAUAGUCCAUCAAUAACACCAAAUCAUAAUAAUCAUAAUAGUAAUAGUAAUAGUAAUAAUAAUAAUAGUAAUAGUAAUAAUAAUAGUAAUAAUCAAAACAGUAACAAUAUAAAUAGCAAUUUAACCAAUUCAUCAAACAGUGUAUCAAAUAAUCAUUCAAAUAAUAGUAGUAAUAAUAAUAAUCAAAAUGGUAAUCAAAAUACAUAUAAUGGAGAAGAUGAAAUUUUAAUUCAUUGGUCACUACCUAAAUUAAGUGAAUUAGUUGAUCUUGGUCAAUCAAAAAAUUUAUAUGGUUUAGAGAAUAAAAUCAUUGGUUUGGAAUCAAUGAUGUUUUUAGUAGAUUGUAUAAUGGAAGCUCAACCUUUAGUUUUAGAUUUAAUUCCAAAUGAAAAAAUAAUGCAAAUUAGUAAUUUCUAUGUUGAAACUGUUAGUGUUGUUGCUUCACUUAGAAAUUUAUGUUAUAAAAAUAUAACUUCUCAAUUUUUAAAUUUGGAAAAUAUACCAAAUUUAAUAUCAUCAAUUAAAUGGGAAUUAAAAGAAGCACCAACAACAGAAUCAAAUUCAUAUACAAUACCAAUUAUUAUUGAAUUUCAUAGAUUUACAGGUUUAUUAGAUGAAAUAUCUUCAAAGAGUAGUUUAAUUACACCAAAGAUUAAAAAUUUAUUAUGGGAAAAUACUAUUACCUUGGCAAUGGAAACAUUAAUUGAUUCAUAUUCAAGAAUUAAAAAGUGUAACUAUUUUGGUAGAAAUUUAAUGAUGAUGGAUGUAAAAAAACUUCAAAAUAAUCUCGAACAAUUAACAACAAUUAGACCAAUACCACAUAUUAAACAUGUUGAAAAUUAUAUUACCGCUUUCUAUCUACCUGAAUCUGAUCUCUAUAAUUUGGCCCGUGAUUCUGAAUAUACUAUUAAACAAGUGAUUAGUAUUGUAAAUGUUUCAAAUCAUUUGAAAAAGAAUGAAAAACAAAAAUUAAUUUCAGAUCUUGAAGAAUUAGAAAAACAAAGAAAAGAAAAAUAA